AUGUCUAAAUCUACUGAAAUAUUUUGUCGUAUUCCAAGAUCUGUUGACUUGAUACACGAUUUUGAAGAUAUCACUCCUGCACCAAAAGCCAAUGCUGAAUGCCGUGUUGCUAAAUACUCCAGCAAUGGUAAAUACUUUGCUUAUACCCAACCUAAUGAAGUUGUCAUUCUUGAUACAACUACCAAAGCUAAAUUAUAUCAUCGUAUUGAAAUGAAUGAAGUAUUUGAUAUCUUGUUUUCUCCAAAUGGUACUUAUUUAUGUCUUUGGUGUAAACCAAUUCAAAUUAAUAAAGAAAAUGGUACUUGGAAUAACAAUUUAAAAAUAUUUAAUUUGAAUACUAAAAGUAUAAUUGUUGAAUGGAGUCAAAGACAUCAAGCAGGUUGGAAACCACAAUUCACAAGUGAUGAAAAGAUCUUUUGUAAAGGUUUCAAUCAAAAAGAAAUUCAUUUCUUUGAAAUUGAUUCUAAUUCAGAUGCUACCAUUAAUAUCAAUCAACCAAAUUAUAAAUAUAAAGUAGCAGAUCCUAAGGCACCUUUUAAUUGUUUUGAAAUUUCUCCUGGUAAAAACCCAAGUAUAGCGGUUUUCAUUCCUGAAAAAUCAGGUAAACCAGCCAAUGUAUCCAUAUAUAAUAUUCCAAAUUUCAGUCAACCUACAUGUUCCAAAAACUUCUUCAAAGCCGAAAGAUGUCAAUUGAAUUGGAAUUGUCUUGGUACUGCAUUAUUAGCAUUAGCUUCCACCGAUCAUGAUACUUCAAAUCAAUCCUAUUAUGGUGAAACCAAUCUUUAUUUAUUAGGGAUUGCCGGUUCAUACGAUUCAAGAAUUGAUUUGAAAAGAGAAGGUCCAAUUCAUGAUAUUACUUGGUCUCCAACUGCUCGUGAAUUCGCCGUUAGUUAUGGUUAUAUGCCAUCUGAAACUACAUUUUUCGAUGCUAGAGGUAAUGCCAUUCAUUCUUUGCCAACUGCACCAAGAAAUACUAUUUUAUAUUCUCCUCAUGCGAAAUUUGUAUUAGUGGCUGGAUUUGGGAAUUUACAAGGUACGGUUGAUGUUUAUGAUCGUCAAAAUAAAUUUUCUAAAGUAGUGACAUUUGAAGCUUCUAAUACUUCAGUAUGUGAAUGGUCUCCAUGUGGAAGAUUUAUUCUUACAGCUACAACAUCUCCAAGAUUGAGAGUUGAUAAUGGAUUGAAGGUUUGGCAUGCAAGUGGGAAAUUAAUCUAUAUGAAAGAAUACCAAGAAUUAUAUUCAAUCGGAUGGAAACCACAAGAACUUUCCACCUUCCCUCAUUUGAAAACAUUAGAACCAGCACCUGAAGCUCAUGAAUCGGCCAAGGAAUAUUUAGCCAAACAUGCGGCUAAAACAAAUGCCGCAGUUAAGAAACCUGCUGGAGCUUAUCGUCCACCCCAUGCUCGUGGAUCAAGUAUGACUCCAACUUCUUCCUUACAUGAAUUGGAAAAUAAUAGAAGAAGUACUGGUAUAACCCCACCACCGGGCUUGACUAGAAAUGGGGUGAAUCCAGUCAGUGGUAGACCAAGGACUGUGGUUGGCGCUGCUCCAGCGGUUGAAAAGGAAAGUAAAGCCGCUGCAAAGAAUAGAAGAAAGAGAGAAGCCAAGAAACAACAAGGUGAAAAGGGAGCUACUCCAGAAGUUGCCGAACCAUCUCCAGCUGCCUCCCCUUCUCCUGCUCCUGUUGCUGCUGCUGCUGCUGCAGUUGCGCCAGCACAGGCUUCUGGAUAUGUGAUUGGAAAUGUUGCCUCUCUUGAAGAAAAGAAGAUUAGAUCAUUAUUGAAGAAAUUAAGAGCUAUUGAACAAUUAAAGAUGAAACAAGCUUCAGGUGAAACUUUGGAAGAUACUCAAGUUAUUAAGAUUUCUAAAGAAGAUGAAAUUAGACAAGAAUUGACUAUUUUAGGUUGGCAAGAAUAG